AUGGAGGUUGACAAGGAACAACAUGAGGAUAUCCCUGACUAUAAUACAGAAUAUGAGCUACAUGAUGGAAACCAAGAAUUAGAUUCGCCUACAGAGAAUGGUGAAAAUAAAGACAUUCACUACAAUAGCCAAUCAGAUUCGGAAGAAGAAAUCCACAAAACAGUUCCUUCAAAUUCAGAUAGGAAGAGGGGCAUGAUUCGAUUGCCAAAACUGAACACUGAAUAUGUCAACUCUGGUGAAAAAAAACGUGUCAGGUUUGAUGAAUUUGGUAAGUUUACAGGGAAGAAUAAUCCAGUCUUUGUUAGCUAUUUGGGUGAUCUUUUCCGCGAGAUGGUGGGAUUAAGUGCUCUUUGCUGGAAAAAAGUUAAACCGGAAAUGAAGGACAAACUAUGGGAAGAGAUAACACGCUAUUUUGAGGUUCAUGAAAGUGGAAAACAAUUUGUGAUGAAUAGACUUGGUAUUCUUCUACGGAAUUUCAGAAGAAAGUUGUAUGCAGAUUACAUCAAACCACAUCUAGGCGAUACCGAUAUGCUUGAAAAAAUCCCAGUUCGUCAUCGUGCACAAAUCACAGAACAAGAUUAUUGGAACAAAUUUGUGACUUAUACACAAUCUCAAGAGUUUAAUAAUGUGUCACAAAGGAGUAUCAAAGCGAGAAAGAUGUCAAAGUAUGAUCAUCGGAUCGGACGAGGGGGGUAUACAACUCUUAGGAGGAAGUUGAUUGAAGAGAAUGUAAUUUCGAAGGAGGAAAUUCCCCCAAGGUCAGUUAUGUGGUGUAAAGGGCGUGAAAGUAAAGGAGAAUUUAAGGAUGAAGAUGUUAAAAUCAUGGCUGAUAAACUAAUGGAACAUGAGAAGCAGAUAACAGAAGGACAAGUAAAUGUUGAACCAGGAAUAGAUGCCAUGAACUUAGUUUUUGGAAAGGAAAAGGGUGGAUUUUUAAAGGGUGUCAGCACGAGAGUCACUUACAACAAAUAUUUUAAUGUUCCUCGCAGCAAACGAUCAUCUAAGGAAGAAAUUAAAGAUCUUAAAGUUGCACUGCAUAAUGGAAAACAUGAGCUUGAGAAAAAAGAUGUUGAACUAAAGGCUUUGUCUACAAAGGUUAAUGAACAAGAUCAAACACUAAAGCUAGUUUUGGCUCAUCUUAAUGCAAAAGGAGCUGACUUUCCAAAUCUGUCACAUACAAUUGGUAUUUCAAGUGAGAAGAUUGUACAGAGUAAUGAAACAUCUCCUGUUAUUCCAAAACCCAACAAAAAACCUGUUCAAACAAAAUCUGCAACUGCAGCACCCGAUGCAAAAUUGAUUUCCAUGAAAUCUGCAACAAUAGCAAAUACAAAAACCACCAACAAAACUGUUGAGUCUAAGGCUACCACUAUCAAUCAAAAUAUACCAAAAGUUUCACCAAAUAAUCCCAUUCACCAGGCAAUCAAGUGUAGUAUAUCAUAUCCAUAUAAAAGGAACAUCGUUGCCCGCGGUACCAUUCACUUAUCAUCAGAAAGACAAUUCAUUCAUGGAGUUCCUCUACAAGAUGAUUGCUAUAAAGUUUCCAUUGAUGAAGUGGUUGUAAAAACUGCAUUUCUACCCCCAUCAAACUGGAGAAUUCAAAUUAGUUGA